AUGACCUCGCUCUCCAUGCCGAUAGGCAUCAGCAUUCCCUCGCCGUCAGGAGGGAGGGAAAGAAGGAGAGAGGGAGGGAAAGGAGGAAACGAGGAAGGGAACGAAGGUGGGCUUCCUGGCCUUCGUCCUGUUGGUCACAAUAGGAACAAGGACACGCGGGAGGGUGACCCGGUGAAGGAACGGUCGGGCGGUGCCGUCCGAUUGGCCCGCUUGGAGUCCACGAACCUUCCCUCAUUGGAGUUCACUCCCACCGUGCGCCAUCUUGUGUGCGUCCUGGCCGCAACACUCAUCCGCGGAAUUUCCCUCUUUUUCGCCUCUGUCGAACGCCUCCGACGACAGCUAAAGUGUUUCCAGAUUUCAAGGGACAAGGUUUCAGCUGUUGAGAAACAGAUCAGUGAUGCUUUCAAUAACAAAAACAUCUUGCCCUUGAUGGAGGAGGUUCAAGACAGCUCAGAGAGUAUAGCUGACAUUCAGAACUAUUUGAAUGAUUUUGGCAAGGAUAUUCAGCCAAAAAAGAAGCAAAGAGGUGAGAUGCAAGAUGUGAAGAUCAGAGCUGUAUCUCAAGAUAGUGCAUCUGGACAAGAGACCACUACAUAUAUAGUGGAUCAGAAUGGACAAUAUAUCGCCCUGCCAUCGGGUCAGUGUUUAUGUCUUCAUGUGGCUGGUGUGGCAUUUCAUGUUGUCCUGCCACUUGUGGAUGAGGGGCAAGGCUCUGAUGAUGAGGAAGGGAAGACAGCUGAGAUUGUCAUUGGUGAUCCUCUUCCUUCCACUUCCUUUGUCACAGUACAGCCAUCCACUUCCUCUGAGAACCUGGAUGUUCAAGCAGAGACCAGUGAAGGAUCAGGAAAUCAGGACAACCAAGUACUUCUUGGAACUGGGAAUGACAACUACCAGACUGUGACCCUUGUUGCAAGUGAAGGGAACCCAAAUGAACUUAGCUAUGUCCUCAUAGUUCAGCAGCCUGAAGAAGGUGAAAGUGAAGGAAUGGAGGGUAAUCAGGACAUGACAGUGUAUGACUUCAAUGAGGGGGAAGAGAUGCCUGAGGAAGGGGAUGGUGCCACCUCUGAGGUUGAAGAUGACAAAAGCAAGGUCUUCAAACUCAUCCCAAAGAAGAGUCAGACUGUCACUCAGGCUCACAUGUGUAACUACUGCAACUACGUCAGCCCUAAACGGUACCUGUUGUCGAGACACAUGAAGUCGCAUUCUGAGGAACGACCCCACAAGUGCAGCGUGUGUGAGCGAGGCUUCAAGACUCUGGCCAGCCUCCAGAACCAUGUCAACACCCACACCGGUAUCAAGCCCCACCCUUGCAAGUAUUGUGAAGCAUCCUUCACAACCUCUGGGGAGUUGGUGAGACAUAUCCGGUAUCGUCACACAAUGGAAAAGCCCCACAAGUGCCCUACGUGUGACUACUCUAGCGUGGAACUUAGUAAACUGAAGCGGCACAUCAGGGCUCACACAGGCGAGCGACCCUAUCAAUGCCCUCAUUGUACGUAUGCCAGUCCUGAUACCUUCAAGCUGAAGAGACACCUCCGCAUUCACACGGGUGAAAAACCAUAUGAGUGUGAUGUCUGUCAUGCACGCUUCACGCAAUCAAACAGCCUCAAGGCCCAUCGUCUAAUCCAUACUGCUGGUGACAAGCCUGUGUUUCAGUGCGAGCUGUGCCCGGCCACCUGUGGCCGGAAGACAGAUCUUCGUAUCCAUGUCCAGAAGCUCCAUACUUCCGACAGACCUCUUAAGUGUAAACGCUGUGGCAAGAGCUUCCCUGAUCGGUACUCUUUCAAGCUGCACACCAAAACCCAUGAGGGUGAGAAGUGUUUCAAAUGUGAGCUGUGUCCAUAUGCAUCAGUUUCACAACGUCAUCUUGAGUCACAUAUGCUGGUGCACACAGACCAGAAACCAUUCCACUGUGACCGUUGUGGCCAGAACUUCAGGCAGAAGCAGCUGUUGAAGCGACACAUGAACCUGUACCACAAUCCCCAGUACAUACCACCUGCACCUAAGGAGAAGAGUCAUCAGUGCCCAGAGUGUAAACGCAUGUUCCGGCAUAAAGGGAACCUCAUCCGCCACAUGUCACUCCAUGAUCCAGAAUCCUCAGCCCAAGAAAAGGCUCUUGCCCUUCGUAUGGGCAGACAGAAGCGAAUUAUGGAGAGCAGUGGCAUGCAGCUGAGUGGAGAAGGCUUGGUUUCAGUGCAAGGUGGUGAUGGGCAACAGUAUGUUGUGCUGGAAGUGAUCCAGGUCCAGGAUAGUGAAGGGAACGAUCAGACAUUGGCUGUAGUUGCAGACAAGCCACUUGCUUCAGGUCAGAGUCAGCGAUCCGACACUCCUAUGGAUCAGGAAGAAGAAGAUGAAGAUGAAGACAAUGAGCAUGAGGAUCUCAUGAGUGGAGAGGAUUCUCUUGGAGACUCUCUCAUCUCAGGAGAUGUGUCAAGUCUGAGUGACAGCAUGAGUGAAGGCAUGGGGAAGCAGGAACGGCACCUGAGCAGUGCAGCUGUUGAGUCAAAUCUAGCUCUAAGGCGGGAAGAUCAGGACACUAAAAAGGACAUGGAAAACUGCUUUGGAUUUGAUGAGGAAGAAGAAGAUGAAGAUGAGGAUGAGGAUGAAGAUGCCUUAGGAGCUGGUGAAGAUCUCUAAGCCUGGCCUUUCAUUUGGCUGCCAGAAAUUAAAACCAAAAGUCCAUGAAAUAGCAUACAGAAGCAUUGACUUCUUCCAUGAAGAAAGAUUCCUCAUACGGUGGAACACUCGUACAUUAUUCGUGUUAUCUACCUUCUCCUUUCUGUUUCUCAUGAUGUGGUAUGUUUUGCUUGGUUAUAAAAUACCUGUAUCUUGUACUAA